UUGUCUUCCACAGAAAACCGCGAACUCGCGUAAUUCAAAAAUUAACGGUCAUUUUUAUUCUAUUUACCGGUUGUUUGGUGAACUAACCGGCCGGAGCGUCUCAAGAGCAUAUACUUUUCAACUCCCGCUCGUACUGUUGGGGGCGCUAUAACUUUCUUCUUUAGUUCACCGGUGAAAUCGCCGAAGAAAAAAAGAUUGGAGCACUCAGACGAUGUUGAGCAUGAAAGCGCAGGUGGAGGUGGUCUGCUGUAAAUCAGUAGGAACUGAUCUGUCCAUGCUGGAUAUUGAGGAUUUCAUCACAGAAAUCUGUCAGCUGAAGAAAGAGGUGGCUUCACUGGAGACAAAGCUGAGAGAAAGAGGAGACAAACUGAACAGAGAGGAUUCAGUCUGGAGCGUCAGAGAUCAGAGAUCCAGAGACACACAGGACUCAGAGCUCAGCCUCACUUUACUCUGUUAUACUGAUGCUCAGGAUCAUGAAUCCACUGAUCAAACCUCUGACUGUAACGCUGGAGAACAGCAGAUGCUGCAGACGCCGCUGAAGAUGUGCUCCGUCAAACUGGUGGACUGCAGGAACCUGAUCGAGAGCAGAGGAGAAGAAACCACCGCAGAGAAAGAACAACAACACACUGAUGAGGAAGAGCAGGAGGAGGAUGAGAAUAAUGGGGAUGAUGAAGAUGAUUAUGCUGAGAAUAAUGAUGAUGUUGACAAUGGUGACUUUCUUCCUUCAGAUUACAGCGCUGGUUCAUCUUCUGAUGGAGAAACUGCAUCUACAUCCAAAGAGCAAAGAACAAAGAAGAGUUUCUCCUGUGCCACCUGUGGAAAAACAUUCAGCAAACAGUGUAAUUUAACAAGUCAUGCCAGAAAGAAAAAACACACAGAACAGAAUGACUUCAGCUGCAAGAUAUGCAACAUCAGCUUUCCAACCUUCAAAGAGAGAACACUUCAUUCAAAGGAGCACAGCGUGAAGAAGGAGUUUCGCUGUGAACAGUGCGGGAAGGAUUUCUUCACCACUCCUUAUAAUAUGAGAGCUCAUAUAAAGACACACGAAGAAAAGUCUCUUCAGUGCAAUGAAUGUAGCAAGUUUUUCCGGAACAAACGAGAUCUUUCUGUUCAUAUGAGAAUUCACACGGGUGAAAAACCGUAUCAGUGCCCUCACUGCGAGAAGAGCUUCAGCCAGAGAACUCAUCUGAAGAGACAACUACUCAUGCACAGUGAUGAAAAUCCGUAUCAGUGCAGUGAAUGUGGAAAACAUUUUAUAAGCUCAGCUUCUCUAAAGUUACACCAAAAAAUGCACUCUGAUGACAAACCGUAUCAGUGUUCACACUGUGAGAAACGUUUCUAUCUUUCGAGUCGCAUGAAAACCCAUGAGAGGAUUCACACUGGAGAGAAACCGUACCUGUGCUCCGACUGCGGGAAGAGCUUCGCUAGAUCAUUUGCUUUAAAAGUUCAUCAGAGAAGUCACACGGGAGAAAGACCGUAUCCCUGUAGUGAUUGUGGGAAGGGUUUUAUUAACGCAAAUGACUUAAAAGUGCACCGGAGGACUCAUACAGGAGAAAAACCUUUUAAAUGCUCAUAUUGUGACAAGACUUUCGCUCGAGCAUGUGUCAAAAAUGUCCAUGAACGACAUCAUACAGGAGAGAAACCUUACUGCUGCUCCAUCUGCGGAGAGAGAUUCUCUUUUAUAUGGGGUUUUCAGACCCACAAGAAGAAACAUUCUGCCCCAAUCAUGAUAGCUUCAUCAUGUAAUUAUUUUAUGAACACCAGUAAUGCUGUUUCUAAGAUGUUGAGCAUGAAAGCGCAGGUGGAGGUGGUCUGCUGUAAAUCAGUAGGAACUGAUCUGUCCAUGCUGGAUAUUGAGGAUUUCAUCACAGAAAUCUGUCAGCUGAAGAAAGAGGAGAACAAACUGAACAGAGAGGAUGUGGAGCAGGUUUCAGUGCGUGUGACUGAUGGGACAGAAGCUCAGGAUUCAGUCUGGAGCGUCAGAGAUCAGAGAUCCAGAGACACACAGGACUCAGAGCUCAGCCUCACUUUACUCUGUUAUACUGACGCUCAGGAUCAUGAAUCCACUGAUCAAACCUCUGACUGUAAUGCUGGAGAACAGCAGAUGCUGCAGACGCCGCUGAAGAUGUGCUCCGUCAAACUGGUGGACUGCAGGAACCUGAUCGAGAGCAGAGGAGAAGAAACCACCGCAGAGAAAGAACAACAACACAAUGAUGAGGAAGAGCAGGAGGAUGAAGAUGAGGAUAAUGAGGAGGAUGAUGGUGACUUUGUUCCUUCAGACAACGCUGGUUCGUCUUCUGCUGGAGAAGCUGCAUCUACAUCCGAAGAGCGAUGGACAGUGACGGACUGUGGAAAGACAUUCAGCAAACAGGUUCAUUUAAUGAGACAUAAGAAAAAACACGGAGAACAGAAAGACUUCAUCAGCAAGAGAUGCAACAUCAGCUUUCCGACCUUCAAAGAGAAAACACUUGUUUCAAAAGAGCAUGGUGAGAAGAAGGAGUUUCACUGCGAACAGUGCGGGAAGGAUUUUUUCACCACUCUUCAUUGUAUGAGAGCUCAUAUAAAGACACACGACGAAAAGUCUUUCCAGUGCAACGAAUGUGACAAGUCUUUCCGCAACAAUAGUAAUCUUUCUGUUCAUAAGAGGAUCCACACGGGUGAAAAGCCAUACAAGUGCCCUCACUGCGAGAAGAGCUUCGGCCAGAGAUCUAAUCUGAAGGACCAUCUAUUUACACACACCAAAGAAAGGCCGUAUCAAUGCAGUGAAUGUGGCAAGUUGUUCAACACCAAACAAAAUCUUUCACGUCAUAAUAGGAUCCACACGGGUGAAAAGCCGUACAAGUGUCCUCACUGUGAGAAGAGCUUCACCGAGGGAUCUAGUCUGAAGAAACAUGUGCGUUUGCACACCAAUGAGAGACCGCAUCAGUGCAGUGAAUGUGGAAAACAUUUUGUGAGCUCAGGUUCUCUACAUUUUCACCAAAAAAUACACUCUGAUGACAAACCGUAUCAGUGUUCACACUGUGAGAAACGUUUCCGUCAUUCGACUCACCGGAAAACCCAUGAGAGGAUUCACACCGGAGAGAAACCGUACCUGUGCUCCGACUGCGGGAAGAGCUUCGCUAGAUCAUUUUCUUUAAAAGUUCAUCAGAGAAGUCACACGGGAGAAAGACCGUAUCCCUGUAGUGAUUGUAAGAAGAGUUUUUAUAGGCAAAGUUACUUAAAAAUACACCAGAGGACUCAUACAGGAGAAAAACCUUUUAAAUGCUCAUAUUGUGACAAGACGUUCGCUAUAUCAAAUUCCCUGAAGAUCCACGAACGAAUGCAUACAGGAGAGAAACCUUACCGAUGCUCCAUCUGCGGAGAGAGAUUCGCUCAUAAAUGGGGUUUUCAGACCCACAAGAAGAAACACGCUGCUCCAGAAUCAUCAUAGAUUCAUAAUUUUAGGUUGUGUAAAAAUGUAGUGCUACAGGAACAUUAUUUUAUGGUUGUAAAAAAUAACCCCUAAAACUAAAAUGUCUCUAGAACAUUAUUUACUGGGUAGAAAUCAAUAAUUUGGAUGAAAAAUUCACUGUAAUGUGCACGUUAUUGUCUGAUAUUGGAUUUUUGAACUGAGAUGGAAAUUGACUUUACUGAAUGAACAAUGAAGUGACUUUAACUGACUUUGCUUAAAACAUCCCGCAAGUUUCAUAACUUAAAAUGU